GUAAACCCCCGAGAUCUAUCCCCGUUUCCAACCUCACACCCCCCCUUCCAUUGGAGCUCCUUCGUCUGAGUUAAACCUAAACCCUAAUCGCGACCUGCGUUCGUCAAAACCCUACCUGGCCAUGGACGGCGGAGGAGGAGGCGGUGGAGGAGGAGGUGGAGUUGGGGCAGGUGUCAUGGUGGGUGGCGGAGUCGUGCCGGGCGGCGGGGGCGGCGACGUGGAACUCGUCAGCAAGACGCUGCAGUUCGAGCACAAGCUGUUCUACUUUGAUCUGAAGGAGAACCCGCGGGGGAGGUACCUCAAGAUCUCCGAGAAGACAUCGGCCACGCGCUCCACCAUCAUCGUCCCCAUCGACGGCGUCGCCUGGUUCCUCGACCUCUUCGACUACUACAUCCGCACCGACGAGCGCGACGUCUUCAGCAAGGAGCUGCGACUCCAGACCAAGGUGUUCUAUUUCGAUAUCGGGGAGAACAAGAGGGGCCGAUUCCUCAAGGUUUCUGAGGCCUCUGUCAACAGAAACCGGAGUACCAUAAUUGUUCCAGCUGGCAGCUCUGGUGAAGAGGGCUGGGAAGCAUUCAGAAAUGUACUGUUGGAAAUAAAUAACGAGGCUUCCAGAUUGUAUGUCCUACCAAAUCAUCCAAAUCAGCAACACAUGGAGCCGCCAGAGCGUCUUCCUGGCUUGUCAGAUGAUGUGGGUGCCGGAUUUAUAGCUGGACAUGGUAGCCAGUCCGCUUCUGGGCCAGAGGUAGAUGUCGAACGUUUGGUUGAUCUGCCUCCUCAAGAAGAAAUUAGUGGCAUGGGUAUGUCUAAGGUGAUUAGGGCAGAUCAGAAGAGGUUCUUCUUCGACCUGGGAAGCAACAACAGGGGCCAUUAUUUGAGGAUUUCUGAGGUGGCUGGAGUUGAUCGUUCGUCUAUAAUCUUGCCGCUCUCGGGUUUGAAGCAGUUCCAUGAAAUGGUUGGUCACUUUGUAGAUAUAAUGAAGGACAGGCUUGAAGGAAUGACAGGAGCUAACGUGCGCACUGUCGAAUCCAGUCAGAGAUGAUUACCCUUACUGUGGCCUGGGCAAGACUGCUGUUAUGCCUCCUGUAGGUUUGCCAUGUGGUGUGUGGUAAUGUUAGAUCACGCACUAUCAAUUCAUCUGGUGGGGAUAAUAAUGUCUCCUUUCUCUUCAUUUUUUUUUUGAGUUCAGUGGUGAGGAUUGAUUUAUUUGGGACGUUUUGCUUUUUCGGAGGAAUAAUAAGCAGUGUAUUGUUCGUGGGGUGGUAUAAUUAUAGUUGUUGUAGUGUUAGCCCUGUUUU